CACACAUGCUGGUCCUGCAUCAAACCUACUUGGUGAGCUGCGACUGCGCGCUUUACUUAAAAACGUAAACUUAUCUUAUAGUGUGUAUAUAAACAGCCGGUGUGCAUGAACUAGCUCAUGUGUUGAUACUUAUUGUUUGUUUGAAUUGUUUGUGUAAGAAAACGCCAAAAAUGACAGGAAACGCUAUUGCAGGUCACUCCAAAAGCGAAUGCUUCUGUGCAGAUGGACAAGAGGUAGAAAAACCAGUCGAAGGGGAUGAAGAGGCACCAAUGGUUAUAGACAAGUGGAGAUUGGAGAAGUUUCAAUCUCCAAUUGAAUUAAACCAUGAUGAUACGAUUCAUCACGAUCAUUUUGAACCCUUGGAGUUUCACGGUCAUUGGGAUGAAGGUGGUGAAGCUACAUUUACUAACAAUGGUUUUACAGCUACGUUACGGUUCGAAAACCGGGAAUUACCGGUGUUAGUAGGAGGGCCUCUUCACGAAGACCAGUUUAUAUUUGAACAGCUUCAUUUUCACUGGAGUAAUGAUGAUCAUAGCGGAUGCGAGCAUAUUUUUAAAGGACAAGCAUUCUCGAUGGAAGCCCAUGCAGUACAUUUUAAUAAGAAAUAUGGAAGUUUCAACGAUGCCAAGGAGAAGCAUGAUGGUUUAGCUGUGGUGGCCUUUUUUCUGAAGGCGACAGAUGAUGACGAACAUCCAUGCUUUAACAAAUUAGCUACUGCCGUGCAGGAAAUUGUCAAGAUUAACACAACAACAAAAGUGCCGUCAGAUUGUUUAACUUGGAUAAAGGAGGAAGCACAAUGUAAAGGGUAUUACACUUAUCAGGGAUCUCUUACCACAGAACCAUACUUUGAGAGUGUGACAUGGAUAUUAUAUCCAACCCCGAUCCAUGUCAAUAGGAAACAGGUAUCAGCAUUUAGAAGUCUAAACUCUACUCCAUGCGAACAACACAAUAUAACAAAAAAUACAAGACCGAUACAAACACCACCGGAGCAUAGAAAAUUGGAUGUAAUUUAUGCUAGAUCACAUAAGAAAUCUGAAUAAUAUUAUAAAUUUGUUUGAUUUGUUAUACCCGAUAUUAUACACAUGCAUUUUAAUACAAUCUAUUUUUAGUUUUAACCUAUGUGUAAUUAGUAAAAUUUUACCCAAUUUGAUGUAAAUAAAUAUACAAUAUUUUUUUAACAAACUUUUAUUAAAAAUGUGUAAUUGUACAUGUAAUUAAAUAUGCCUAUUUUCUUACAAAAAACAUGUAGUUGAGAUAAAAAGGGAGAUGAAAUUAAAAUUUACAAAUACUAAUCAUCUAUAUAAUUAAUUUCUUGCACCACUAUUUUUACAUUAUCAUACUGUGUAUCCUCUUCCCAAACAUCAUUGGCAUCCAAAUAAUAAAAGAUAUCGGAC